UAAGACUUUGCCUCGUUAUCGGUAUGCGUGUGCAUGAGAAUAACUUGGAAUUUUGUACUGUGAUCGAUUACAUAUCACCAACAACAACGACGUCCUUUAGGAAAUGACAUUGCGAGUGAGGUAGUCAUUACUUUUAAAUAAACUGCCAGGAAACAGUACAUGUAGUACCGUUUGAGGGCCGUCAUGUCCGCAGCAAAUAAUGGAUACCCUCAUCAGUUGGGUGUACAAAUGCGAGAAUAUGUGGACAGGAGACUCGAAGCAGCAACGGAGAUCCAAGAAUCCAUCCAUGUUUGGCUUGCUGAGGUUCUUGAACAGUGUAAAAAGUCAUUUGCCAGGCCAGAACCUGAACUUUUACCCAAGACACCAUCUGCCAAACGAUCACGCCGACGGCUCAGGGCUGAAGAGUUACAGGAAGAAGAGGUUGAAUUGCCCCCACGAAAAAGACCAAGUCUUGCAAAGAAAGGGAAGCCACAAAGAAAGGGAAAAAAUGACACAGAAACAGAAACUGAAGCUGACGAUGAAGAAGAGAAUGUAGCACCAUCCCUUCCACGUGCAACGCGUAGAACUCGUGCUGCAGCGCGAAGCACAGCAACUACCAGAUCAACUAGAACAACACGUACCAGGAAGAAACUGAACGCGGAUGAAAAUAAGACGGAAUCACCUGUAUUUAGCAUUAAAGCACAGAACUUUAAAAAAGAAACUCCCAAACCGGCAACUCCACUUUCCAAUGAUGACCUCCGUAAUAAACUCAACAAGAAGUCAUCCGUGUCCUCCCUAACUGAGGCUACCAGCACUACUCCCUUGUCCCCCAAAACACCCCGCACCCAGUUGGCCAGCGCUAAGGCACUUACAUGUAGUGGUAGCCCUCGAACUGCUGUGGGAUUUUUAUCUGUGAAAGAGAGAGCAUCACAGUAUGAACAGAAAGUACUGUCUUCAGGUGGUAACACCCCUACCCCAAAAGGUCCCAGAAUUAAUGGGAUAUCUCGACUUGGCAGCAGUGGAAGUAAUACUGUGAAAACACCAGCCUCUGGGAAGAGCCUCACACCUGUCACGCCAUCUACCGUUACAAAAUGCAAAAUCUCUCUCAGCAACCACCACACAUCCUCUAGCUCCGCCAAGAGAAUUAUUGUGAAGAAAAGUAACAUGACUCCUCAGCCCAGCACCCCUGUUAGUCGCCUAAAGAAUCGUUCCUCAGCUACUGGAAACAGAGCCAGUCGAAGGUUGUCUCUAAAGCACACUGCCUCAACUAACAGAAGGUCUUCAAUUGUUCGCCAUUCUCGUCAAACCAAGGCACAACAAGAGCCGACUAUGCCAGAUGAGAAACAGACUAGCAGCGAGAGAUCAUCUUGGGUGUCCGUGAACAGUGAAGAGAGUUCGAAACGUAAUAGUGCAAAUGAAGAAGCUGAGCCGAAAGAGAAAACAGCCGAUGUACCAAAACUGCGUGGUAAGCUGACAUUGAAGAAAACAAAAGUGUUACGCCCAAAAGUCACACGAUCUGCAGCCAAACAGGAGGCUGCGUGUAAAGAUGACAGAGAAAGAUCCAUGAACUGCUCAUCAGAGGCCCAUGAAAGCAUGGAAGUUAAUAGUGAGAGAAAUUCCAAAGAUAGCAGGCGUGGAACAGUAACCAUAGAGAAAGUUACCACAGCUGACACACAUAUGGACGUCACAGACAACGGUGACCGCUUAGAAUCGACUGACGACAGACGCGGGACAGUAACAUUGGAGAAAAGUGACAUUGGAGAAACAAAUACUGACCUUGUCAUGGAAUCAAAUGGGGAUAGAUCAGCAGAAAGGGGAGAUAACUGUUCUGAGCCAGUUGUAAUCUGUGACAAGGUCACAGAUGAAAAUAGAGACUCUUCUGGUUCAGGGAAAUCUAGUUCAAGUGAUGAUGCCAGUGACAAAUCUUAUGAAAUGGAGAACUGUGUUGAGGAAGGUAGUAAAAAGAGAAUGUCAGACAGCCACAGAGUGACUAGAAAAUCAGACAGUAACAAAUCUAGCAGGGCAUCAAGGAGUAGUGGACAGAAACAUUCUCCAAAAUUGUUAAGGAAUAGCUCUGACCGGGCCAGAAAUGCCAGUACAGAAGUGGUAGAGAGUGAGGAAAGAGUAGAGCCUGCUGAAACUCUACGCCCAAAAAGAACCACGAGGGCUGACCGAAACAAAACCUCAGCGUCAUCGCGAACUUCUGAGGACAUAGAAGGUGGUGGUUUGCGCCAGUCUUCACGUCUACGGUCAAGGACGUCACGGACCAGUCAGCCAGGCAGUGUGGCUGAUGCGUCUGAUGCAGCAGAAGAGGGGGAGGAAGGACAGGAUAAUGUGUUUGCUGUUCCGGAGGCACCAGCUCCAAAACCCUCCAGAGCUUCCAGAUCUCAACGUAAGCGUGUGAUGUCAGAGAGUGAUGAGGCCUCGGAAACCGAGACCAAGCGGCCGUGUGUUGACGGGGAGAAGUCGCAGGGUGAAGAAAGUUCUUCAGAAUUUGAAAGUGCUAAAGAGGAUGAAAGUGAAGAAGACAAGACAACAUCUGAUAGUGAUGCUGAUGUUGUUGAUCGAACUCCUUCACCGAAGUGUCCCGCGAACAAAGUUGUCCGACCCCACCCUGCGUCUUUCCUGAAUGCUUUGAACAAGGACAAAAACAAGUUGUUCAAUUUGAAUGCCGCUGGCAUGAAGUCUUUCCUAAGAUCCAGCCCUGCAAAGAGGCCACUAACUUUAAAGGAACAAGAGGUGUUACGUAGAAAAGAACUAGAGGAAAAGCAAAGGAAAGAAAGCGAAAGAAUGGAGAAGAGAAAGCAACAGUUACAGGCGCAGGCUGAGGCCAAGAAGAGGCAAAGAGAAGAGCACUGGAGAAAGGUUCAAAACAUGCGCUUACAGAAACAGAAAAGAGAGCAGGAGGAGAAAGACAGACUCCUGGAGAAGAUGGAACAUAAAAACAAGAUACCUGAACAGGUGCUGGAGGUGAAACGCAAGGAAAAACAGGAGAAGAAACAGAUCAGACAACAGAAGCACACAGAAGCUGAAGAGCGACGUUUACAAGAUGAGGCUGAGAGACUGAGAAAACUCAAAGAGAAGGAGGAAGAAGAUCGCCAGCAUGCUGAACUCCUCCAGCGUAAACGUGAAUAUGAGGAGCAGGAGAGGGCAAAGAGGAUCGCUGAGGAGAAGCUGAGACUGGAGGAGCAUCAGCGAGAGAUGGAGAAGAAACGCAAAGAGGAGGAAAUGAGACAGAUGCUGAUUCAGCAGGAAAAUGAACGACAGAAGCUGAAACAGCAAGCUGAAAGGGAGCGUGAGCAAAGGUUGAAAGCUGAAAGAAUGGAGAAGGAACGUCAAGAACAAGAGAUCAGGGGCCAGAAAGAUCUCAAGGAAGAAUUAAUGAAGCUGAGGGAACUGGAGAAGCAGAGGAAACUGGCAGAGAAGCUGAGGCAGGAGGAGAUGAGACAGAUGGAAGGCCGUUACAAACAGCUGAUGAGUCAACAGAGGAACAUGCUGAAUGUGAUGGCCUCCAGUAACCCCCUGGCUGAAAAGGCGGCCUUAAAUUCUACAGUGACACUCGACAAGAGUCCACAGUCAUAUCAGAUAACUCCGCUUAAGAAGUUCUCCAAGAAGCAGUCAGAGGAAUCAUAUGACAUUACUGGCUUAGAUUCUGAUGCAUCUACAGAUGAGGAGGAUGCGCCUAAGAGGAAGAUACCCAGAUGGGCACAAGGUUCAGAACUGAAAGUCGCCCUUGUGAAUCAGUACUACCAUAAGCCCAUUGACUCGGAAGCCCUCUUUGGUAUAAUCGCCUUACCUGACCUCAACGAGAUGUUCGUGAAAAAGAAGCCACGCUUCAACAAGAGGACGAGUUCUGCCAACUGGGACUCCCCACUGCUCAAGGCCAGCAUUCCUAGGACAUGAUUGGCAAUUGUUUUUAACUUUUGUUAUCCGAUAAGUGCCAUAAAUGGACCGUGCAGAGGAAGACAAGGUUCUGUAUCCUGUCAGCCUGUUCAGAGAAAGGCAUGGUGACAGGUAGCUGUAGGAUUUUGUCAUCAACUGCAGUCAUUCCCGGACACAGAAGACUGACAACAGUAGCCUUGGCUGAGAUUGCAGGAUGAACACAGUCAUAUGCUAGAGGUCAGAGCAGUAACUGGAAACAUGACUUUGCCACAACCUAUUAUGGUAGUCCUCUGGUCCGGUGACUGAUCACACGCUUGAUGCGUCAGUGUUGAUGACAGUGACAUGGCAAAUGUAACGUCCCGCCAUUGUGCUCUCUUAGUUGGGUUAACAUCUACUAGAGGCUUGUUACCAUCACAGUUGAAUGUUUUUGUUGAUUCUGCUCACUUAUUCCAUUAUGUUAUGUUAUUUUAAUUAUUGCAUAUUAAUAUUUUGUCUGUAUUUGGGACAUUAAUUCCCAACAGGUGAUUUUCAGUGUCGUGAUCUUUGCCUGAUCUGUUGUUUCGAUGGCCACUACUACGGUCAACAUGUGUAUUUAUUAUAAGCUUUCAGGUUGUAAACAAAUACUACUUAUAAUAGGCGGGUACAGUAUCAUACUAUUACAUGUACAGGUGUAUGGAAGGAUCUGCACAUACAGCUUUGCACAAUUACCCAUGCAUACACCUUUACGCAAUUACCAACACAUACAGUUCCAUAAUAUUGCUCACACCAUCAGCUCCACUGGACAUCUGUGCCAUGCAUUCACCCAAACAUUGCAGCCCCACCAAAUUAACCAUAUUUGCCAAGGAAUGCACAUGCAUGCAGCUACACAGAAUUACCCACACUUCCAGUUCCAUAUAUAACUUGCACAUGCAGUUCCAUAGAAUAACUCAUGCUUGUGGUUCCAUAGAAUUGUCCAUGCUUUAUGGUAAAGAACACAACAUCAGCUAAUAUCAGCUUUUUAUCGUUACUUUAACCAAAGCAGUUUUCUAAUUGACCCAUUUACAUGUAACUGAUCUUGUAUUUAGUGUAUUUACCCACAGGUUGUUUGGUUGGUAUAAUGUAAAUAGCAGGGUCUUGAUAUCCCAACCCUGUAGAAAUGUACAGUUUGUAUAUAUACCUUUAUGCAUGUUUAACUUUAAUCUACUACUGAUUACUCUAGAGCUCUCCUUGUCUAGCCAGUGUACAUGCGUUCCCUGGCUUUGAUAAGUUUCACUAUUAUGUUCUUGUAUCUUGAACUUCAUUAAUCUGAUGUAUGUGAAAAAUAUGGAUACAGAUAUGACAGCAUGUUUAUGACCCUUGUGUAAUGCUACAGCUGAUUGGGAUAGAAUACAUCCUCACUGUUAUUUGGAAAGGGAUUCAGUUAUCGUGAAGCACAUGUCGGAUUUAUUAUUAAUUUCUCAAUAUUGUAGUCUCUGUGAAGUCACUCUAAUAAGAAAUCAGUGUUACUUUCUAGAAGCACUUGGUAUGAAGCCCUGGAAGUGAUCCAUCGACACAGCUACUUGUACGUGGGCACCAGAGUUCAAUUCUGAUGCCAUUUUAUAUGCGAAAAGGUUAAGGAAUUAUAGUUGUGUAUAUGAGCCAUGUCCUGGAUGGUGAACAGCAGCUUUUUUAAUUAUUUUACGGGCCCAUACUACUUCUUUAAAAGAAUUUUGUUUAAAUACCAUCAUGCCAAACACCAUUCCAAUAUUUUAUACCUGCAUAACAUUAGACCCUUUAAUUUUUAUAGGAGGCUGAAGUCUUAGCGUGGGAUUUUUUAUGUGCUAGUUUUAUAUGCUGUUGUGGCCUAUUUGGAAUAGAGAGUGAUAAGUAGGUUAGAUAUUUUAUAAACAAUAGCUACAAAGUGUCCAUAAUCAUCACAUUUAAGAAUCUGGUAGUUUUAUUCCCGGCUUGUACAUGUAAAUGAAAAAAGUUGUAAAUCUGAG